CCAGGCCAGUCCUAAAAUUAAAUUAUUACAAGUAGAAAGUUUAACGCUAAACCUUUUCAGUUCUCAACCCAAAAAAAGCCAGGCAUUAAAAUUAAAAUUAAUUACUAAAAAGACACCCAAACAGUCACGAGGUGUCACCUCUCAUGUUACAAGCUAGCUUAGACUUCUUGUUGUCUCCUCCCUCAAAAUUUCCUUCCUUUCUCUCCUCCUUCUUCGCCCUUCUCUUACUAUAAAAGCAUAAAAUCCUCCAUGUUCAGUUCUACCCUUUUUCACAAUCUCUGAAAAACCCCAUCAAAAUAAUAAUUAAUGGCUGAAAACUCCAGUCACAAGCAGCACAUCUACCUUCACGGUGACCUGGACUUGUUCAUAGUACAAGCCAGAUCUUUACCAAACAUGGAUGUUAUCUCCAAAAACAUCCGCCAAUGCUUCGGUGUUUGCACUCCUUCUUCCACCACCGUCACCACCACCACCACCACCACCAAAUCCAUCGGCCACCCGCACCACCACCCCAGUGAUGCCGCCAAGAAAAUCCGCAACCACCGUCACAUAAUCACAAGUGAUGCAUACGUGACAGUGACAGUGCCUCAGGUGACACUCGCCCGCACGCGCGUGUUGAAGAAUGCAACAAGCCCCAUUUGGGAGCAAAGGUUCAAUAUCCCAUUAGCUCAUCCUGUUAAAGAUAUUGAAUUUCACGUCAAAGACAAUGAUUUGUUCGGUGCAGAGUUGAUAGGGACUGCGAAUAUACCUGCAUCAACUGUGGCGUUGGGGGAGGAUAUUAAGGGAUGGUUUCCUAUAAUUGCUCCAUCAGGGAAACCACCAAAGCCUGACACAGCUCUUUAUUUGGAAAUGAAAUUCACACCUUUUGAGAAAAACCCUUUAUACCGGAAUGGAUUUGGAGGCGAUCCUGAAGUAAAAGGGGUGAGACAUACUUAUUUUCCGGUCCGAAAAGGUUGUCAUGUGACACUGUAUCAAGAUGCUCAUGGAAAGGAUCAUGACUUGCCUGAGAUUGAGAUUGAUGGUGGGAAGGUUUAUAAGCAAGAGAAUUGUUGGGAGGAUAUUUGUUAUGCAAUAUCCGAAGCUCAUCAUAUGAUUUAUAUUGUUGGUUGGUCUGUUUUUUGUAAGAUUAAGUUGGUUAGAGAGCCAACCAGGCCAUUGCCAAGAGGUGGGGAUUUGACACUUGGGGAGUUGUUGAGGUAUAAGAGUGAGGAAGGUGUGAGGGUUUUGUUGUUGGUUUGGGAUGAUAGGACUUCUCAUGAUAAAUUUGGGAUUGAAACUGCAGGAGUUAUGGCAACACAUGAUGAAGAAACCAGGAGGUUUUUCAAGCAUUCAUCUGUCACUUGUGUGUUGGCACCUCGAUAUGCCAGCAGUAAGCUCAGUUUUCUCAAACAACAGACUGUUGGAACAAUCUUUACGCACCAUCAGAAAUGCGUUCUUGUGGACACACAAGCAUAUGGUAAUAACAGGAAGAUAACUGCAUUUAUAGGAGGCAUUGAUCUCUGUGAUGGACGGUACGAUACCCCAGAGCAUCGAUUGUUUCAUGAUCUCAACACUGUCUUCAAGGAUGAUUUCCACAAUCCAACAUUUUCUGCUGGAACCAAGGCCCCAAGGCAACCCUGGCAUGACUUGCAUUGUAAAAUUGAUGGGCCUGCUGCAUAUGAUGUUCUCAUAAACUUUGAGCAGCGUUGGAGGAAGGCAACAAAGUGGACAGAAUUGGGACUACAUUUCAAAAGAACAUCUCAUUGGAGUGAUGAUUCAUUAAUAAAGAUAGAAAGGAUUUCUUGGAUUCUAAGUCCUCCCCUUUCUAAAACAAAGGCUGGAACCACUAUAGUUCCAGGGGACGAUCCCACGGCUUUUGUUUCCAGCGAAGAAGACCCUGAGCACUGGCAUGUCCAGAUUUUUAGGUCCAUUGACUCAGGAUCAUUGAAAGGAUUUCCCAAAACUAUUGAUGAGUGUCAGGCUAAGAACCUAGUUGUUGCAAAGGAUCUGGUUGUAGAUAAAAGCAUUCAAACAGCAUACAUACAAGCCAUCAGAUCUGCUCAGCAUUUCAUAUAUAUUGAGAAUCAGUAUUUUCUUGGAUCUUCAUAUGCGUGGCCAUCAUAUAACGAUGCAGGAGCUGAUAAUCUAAUUCCAAUGGAGUUGGCGUUAAAGAUUGCUAGUAAAAUUAGAGCCAAGGAGAGAUUCGCAGUAUAUGUUGUUAUACCAUUGUGGCCGGAGGGUGAUCCCAAGACUAACACCGUGCAAGAAAUUCUCUUUUGGCAGAGCCAGACAAUGCAAGCAAUGUAUGAAAAAAUUGCGCAGGAACUUAAAUCAAUGGAUCUUGUAGAUUCACAUCCUCAAGACUACCUCAAUUUCUAUUGCAUUGGUAAACGGGAAGAAAUUCCCCAAGAAUUGUCAAGUGAUAAUGGUGGAUUGAUCUCCGAGGCUUUUAAAUUUCAGCGGUUCAUGAUUUAUGUCCAUGCAAAGGGAAUGAUAGUGGAUGAUGAGUAUGUGAUAGUGGGAUCUGCAAAUAUUAACCAGAGAUCCAUGGCUGGAUCUAAAGACACUGAGAUAGCUAUGGGUUCAUAUCAACCCCAUCAUACAUGGGUUACAAAGAAGAAACAUCCACGUGGACAGGUUUAUGGAUAUAGAAUGUCACUAUGGCGGGAGCAUCUUGGUGAGGUAGAUGAACUGUUCAUGGAACCUGAUAAUUUGCUUUGUGUGAAGAGAGUAAAUCACACUGCUGAGGAAAACUGGAAGAAAUUCACAGAUCCGAACUUCAAACUGUUGAAAGGACAUCUUCUCAAGUAUCCUUUGAAGGUAGAUGCUGAUGGGAAGGUAGGUCCCCUUCCUGGAUCAGAGAAUUUCCCAGAUGUUGGUGGCAAGGUACUUGGAGCUCAUUCUACCACAAUUCCUGAUGCGCUAACGACAUAAUCCCCAUCCCUUCUCAUGUUCUUACGAAGAAAAUGUGCAGCAUGUUUCUGGGUUUCUCAAUUUGGUGAAUUGGAGAUGUGUUGCUAGGUGUUUUGUAUUUUUAAUUCAAAUUCAUGCCUUGGGGAAGCUCUAAGUUUGUGAUGUCAUGUCAUUGUGCAAAGUGUGACCAGGUGAGAUGUGGUUAGCAUGCCCGGUUUAUAAAUUGCACUCAGAUUGGAGAAAGUUAACAAAACUGCAGAUAGCAAGUUCUACA